AUCAUUCGAGGGCUGGGAAGGAAUGUGCUAGUAGUGGACUGCAAAAUGAAGGGUCUGCUUUUCCUCCUCUGUUUUGUGCAGCUCCUUGCUGCUUCAGUUGCUGUGUACAAACAAUGGAUCCCAAACACCAAUUUUGAAAAUGCUUCCAACUGGGAUAAAGGCAGAAUUCCAUGUGCUAACGAGGUGGUGCUUUUCAAGAGUAAUGAGGUGAUCUCUGUCUUUGUCCAGACAACUCACUCUCUGAUGGACAUGUACCUUCCAUUGACCGGAGAGUUCAUUAUGGCACCUGGUGCAGGAUUUGCAGCUUUUGACGGCAGCUGGGAUCCAGGCUGUGACACAGGUUCAGCUGUCUCCUUCACUGAUGCUGAGAGGUAUAGGUGGUAUGACCCCUCAGUAUGGCAUGCUGCAACUUCCUUGGAGGACCUAGAACAGGGCAACUACAUCUUUGCAGUGGAUGAAGAACGUGUGCCAUGCCAGUACGACGAUGUCAUCUUUCAGCCUGAAACCUCCUUCCGAGUAAACGUUGAUUCAUCUGAGCGAAUGAUUCAUCUCCGAAGCAUCUCGAUCAUGGGACAGAAGUUCACCAGUGACAUGGCCUUAGCUGAUUACAUGCAGAGCAGCUCAGCCCUGCGGCAGUUCCACGGCAACAGCACCUUCCAGGUGACAAAUGCCAGGUGUCCGGACAAAUCAGGCUGUGAGUGUGGAAAUGCUGGGGAACAUGGACAGAUCUGCGCUGCCUUGUUUGGGGAUAAUGGGACUCAGUGCCCAGCACUUGUGUGCAAGGACCCCUUCCAGCCAAUCGGACACUGCUGUGAAAUAUGUGGAGCUACGAUUUCACUGGAAUACACUUCUGGUUUCGACAUUAGACAGUAUCAGAACAGACUUCAGCACACUUUCCUGAGCCUGCCAAAAUAUGCAGGGGUUCAGAUGGCUAUAUCCAAGGUGCGUAAACCUCAGACUUUCCUGGGAAUUGUACCGCGGGCCUCAGUUCCUGUCGUCCAGAUCGUGCUACUUGAUGAUAAGACUGGGUCACAGACAGGGACUCAUGCAGAACAGUUGGCUGAGGACAUCAUGCAUGACAUAGCAGAGCAUGGUGACACCUUUGGCAUUGUGACAGGCACGAUGCAAGUCGCCACUGGCAGUAAUUCUAGUGGACAAAGAGGCACUGCUGCUGGCGGCACCAUUGCUGGGCUUAUUGGUCUACUUCUCGGUCUGCUGCUGCUUGGCAUAAUGCUGUUUCUCUAUAGGAAGGGAAUGUUAAGAUUACACCCCGUACACUUGGCAGGCCUGUGGACAAGGAUGGAGGACCUGGAUGUUGUGUCAGGACCAAGUGACAAAGGGUUUGACAAUCCUAUAUUUGACAAGCCAAGCAAUGGAGCUGAGUCGCACGGUCCAUGCCCAGGAGAGGAGGCACUGAAGGGGAUGGCUAGUAAAGACAGUGGGGUUUAUUUUAUUAACCCAUUAUAUGAUGAAACUGAACUUGUUGCUUAACAGCAGAGACCUGAAUGGUCCCAGCCAAGUGUACGAUUGGAAUAUAAUUUCAUGGAGGCUAAUAAUUUACCAGCUAUAGUUAUCCCAGGAUAAGUCUUUAUAAACUAUCUGUUUGAUCUUGUGUUUUUCUGUGACAUGCUGAGUACCUUUCCUAGACUGAAGAAGAGCUUUUUGUGGCUCUGUAGCAUGUCUCAUUCACCUGCAGACGUUUGGCCAAUAAAGAUAUUACCUCUCCCA